CACGUGAUUCCCUUAAGCCCUUUUCUCCUCCUCCCCCUCCUCCCUCGAUCGCUACGGUUUCGUUUCGUUCUCACCGGAGAAAAUGCCGCUGGGGUUGAUAUUAGGGUUAGGGCGGGCGAUGAGGAGGAAGAGAACCUCAUCCCUGAGCAUACUCUCUUCCAAGAGAGCUCCUCGAGAUUACUACAAAGGGAAGAACUGCAAGUCCACUGGUUUCCACACUCGCAAAGGUGGCUACGUGUUGCAGGAUGAGAAAUUGCCUCGCUAUAUUGUUCCUGAUCUCACUGAUUUUAAGCUUAAACCCUAUGUGUCACAGUGUGCGAGGGAUGCGACAGCCACCUCCACCUCAACGGAAUCUGCUGAUGCCAAAAAAUGAUACAAGUGUCUUUAGUGCCCUUUGAAUCUGUUUUUGUUGGCUGAAGAACUAAAUUCUCUUUCCUUAAUCAAAUGAAGCUGCAGUGUUCGCGCAUCAUUUUGUGAAUGAUUGGACAUUCUUCAGGGUUAUUCAGUUAAGGUCACUGUGGUUUGCUGUUGUCAGCAAAAUUUCAGUUCAUCUGACAAUUUAUUUCACUUGCCUUUUCAAAUAUCUGUAUUUGGUACUACUGAGUACUAUGUCCUACUCUUUAUAUGGCUUAACCAAAUACUUGGGUAAAUCUGUGGAAAUUUUUCAGAAAACAUUGUGCAUACUCAUCCUUAGAAUGUUGAAAAAUUCAAAUAGAAGUCAUAUGUCAAGUGGUUUGUCUUA